AUGGCUUUCAAGACGCUUUUCCUGUUCGCCCUUGGCGCCUCAAGCGCGCUUGGCCAGAACGACGACCUCACCAUGUCGGUGGGCACGAACGGCACUACCGUCCAGGCCGUGAGCGGCACCACCGAGUUCAUGGGCACCGAGUACAACCCGGACAAGUGCGUGUUGCAGUUUUUGAGUCUCGAGUGCGAUGACGAUGACUGCGCCGAACUCAACGGCUACGAGCUCGAGUGCGUGUCUCAGGGCAAGCAGAACGGCAAGGACAAGAAGCUGUGCCAGUGCAAGUCCGAAGACCUCACCUCUUGCCAGAACUCGGCCAACCCGAACGCCACAUCCGGCACUGUCCCCCAGUUUGGCGAAUGCAGCGAGCAGAACCAGUGCGUUGACUCGUACGGCUACAUUGCCACAUCCACCGAGGAAGGCCCCAUUUGUGCCGAGAAGCUCCACUGCGUUCAGGAGAUCAACACGACGGCAACGGAGCCCGCCUCUAUCUGCCACACGUGCAUGUCGUGCAUUGCCCAGAACGACGCCGCCGAUAAGCAGCUGGCCGGCGUGAAGCGCUUCAACUGCUCGUCCAUUUGCCCACAGGAAAUCCUCGACACUGUGGCCGAACGCAACGCCGCCGGUGUGGGUAUUGCCGACUCGUACUCGCUUACGGCUUCAUCUGCCGGCUCGGACGACUCGAACUCGACCACUUCGUCUAGUGGCAGCAGUGCCGCGGGCUCCAGUAGUGCUUCGUCGAUCCCCCAGUCGAACCUGGCUGUCAUUCUCUCGGCCGUCAUUGGUGUGGCCCUCUUGGCUGCUAUGAAUUAG